AUGAAUUUCUAUCCGCCGCCCGAGACAAUCAUUGCGAAGGUCUACUGUGAAAUCCCGAAGUCCCUACGAUGCGUGGGAGAAUCAACUGAAUGGUUGGCGGCUGCGAAGUCGAAAGUGGAUGAUAUCUUCCUCGAGGGGCCCCUCGUCGACAAGCAAGGCAAUCUUUAUGUCGUCGACAUUCCUUUCGGGCGGGUGCUCAAGAUCAGCCCAGAUGGACACGCUGAAUGUUCUGCUCGGUGGGACGGUGAGCCGAAUGGUCUGGCCUUGUUGUCCGACGGGAGGAUGGGCAUCAUGCUUUUCGACCCGCAAGACAAUACCGUGGUUCCCCAUCUCACCCGACGCAAUCUCGAGAGGUUCAAAGGCCCCAAUGAUUUGAUCGUGGAUUCCAAAGGCAACAUAUACUUUACCGACCAGGGUCAAACCGGCAUGACAGAUCCGACGGGGAGAGUGUAUCGAUACUCCCCGGACAAGAAACUCGACUGCCUGGUGGACAACGGGGCGUCGCCGAACGGGCUGGUGCUCUCGCCCGAUGAGGAGGUCCUCUACGUGGCUAUGACACGGGCAAACCAGGUGUGGCGUCUGCCACUCCACGACAACGGCACCGUGACCAAAGUGGGCGUGUUCUUCCAGGGAUUUGGCAUGUCGGGACCGGAUGGAUUGGCCGUCGACCAAGAAGGCAAUCUAUUCAUUUGCAUGCCUGGCUUAGGGACGGUGUUUGUUGUGGACGAACGUGGAAUCCCGCUCAUGUCGAUUCGAGGGGAGGAGAAGAAGUCCUUUAUUACAAAUUGUACCUUUGGCGGGCCGGAGAACAAGACACUCUUUAUGACCAGUAGUAUUGAUGGGAAGAUCUUGAAGGUUGACUGGCAUUGCCCAGGUGCAAGGGUGGCGUGA